AUACAGACCUGCAUCUUCAUGUGUUUCUGGUCUUUUGUCCAAAUAUUAUCAUGUCCUUUGCUUUUGUCUUCUGGGGUGUAACUUAAGGAUCUGUGCAUGAGACAGUCAUUUGUUGUGCUCUUUAUUUACUGAGACCUCUAAUGUUGAUUUGGGCUGCUCCAUAUGCUAAAGACUUUACAGGCAAAAAACAACAAUUGGUGCAUUACAGCUUUCAGAUGGAAUAUAUUGUUUUCACCAGUGUUGUUUUUUCAGUCCUUUUUAAAGACAUUCGUAAUAGAAUCCGGCAUUAUACAGCGUUUGACAGUGGCAUGAUAAAAGUCCUGUUUGGAAUAAUGCCUCUGAUGUGUGUCAUCAUCAUUAUCUACAUUUUCACUGCAACCUGGAGAAAUAUGCAAUUUGGAGACAGAUUAGAGAGGAAAAAAGAUUCAACCUUUAUUAAUAUACUCAACAUCAUGGCUUUUAUAAGCUUUGAUAUUUUGCCUCCAUUGCAACUGAUCACCUUGUUUUAUGCAUUUGGAGUUGCCAGAGGAACGUUUCUCGUUGCUGGAGUUUUACCAGUGAUAGUUAUACUGGCAAGAUUCGACUGGAAUUUUAUAUGUGGGGAAAAUGGACUCAAAUGUAAAUAUGUGGCCAUGAGAACAGUGUGGUUAAUAUUCACAUUGAUGACUAAUGUCAUUCUGGCCUAUUUUUACAUCAUGACGCUGGAAAAUGAAGAAGAUCGUGCCGGAUGGGCCUGUUUAAUUGUGUUUCUCCAAGUAUUAUGGGCAGUAAAUAACUUUAGACGUGCCUUUAAUCAUUUGGACUUUCACAGUAAUCUUUACGUGUACCUGUUUGCAUCAGUUGCUGUUGUUUUAAUCAGCGCUAUUGCACUGAUGACAGAACUGAUACUGAAAACAGUUAAUGGUGAACGUUCAGUGGGGGAUUUAAGAAUCGUUGUGUUUUCUUGUGAAAGCCUCGUUGUCAUAUGCCUGUUUAUUUUACCAAUUUGCGAGCGUGAUGAAUCCAGCCAAACUCCGAGUCCGAGUCUGAAACGUCAGCAUUCCUUCACUCAGCGCUACUAUGACAGAAGUAACAUCACUGAGGAUGUUGAGAUGUUGCAAUCUAUUUUUCCUGCUUACAGUUCACAUUAAGUCCAGAACAGAGUAUAAACAUGCAGGAAAGGAUGAAUGGAGAAAAUAUUGAGCUGCAUCUAAAUGCUCAAACACACCGUCAGUAAAGAGAGAAACAGCUACAAUCAAAUUAAUGGCACUGUGUGACUGAUGCUGGUUUGUCUAGAUGAACUCCACAGACACAGAACUCUUAGUCAUGUUGCAUGUGGCAUGUGGCAUGUUGUUUGCAUCCACCAGAAUACUCACAAACAAAUCUACAGAUGAUCAUAUUCUCCACUGAAAAUAGCCCUGCUUAUGUUAAUACUUAAUAUUAUCUGAUGGUAUGUACAUUUUUGUCUCUCUUUAAGGUGUGUAAUACUAAAGAAAAUGCAUAAAAUACACUAUACCUCAUUUAAAUGUAAAUAUACACUACAUUUGAAUUCAUGUUUGCCUUUGAAACCUUUCUAUCCAAAGAGUCAUGCUUAAAUGUUUAAAAUAAGCGUGUGGAUAGUGAAGAAAAAGUUUACAUUUGAACUCCUUCAAAACUGUUUGAAAAGCAUCUCAGGAUGCACCUCAUGAAGUUGCUGGAGAGAAUGAACAUGAGUGUGCAGAGCUGAAAUCUAGACAAAAAAUGGAUACUUAAGAAGAUAAAGUAUUUGGGCUGUUUAAUAGUUUUGAUUGCAUUAUUCUCAUUCAAUAUGAACAAUUAAGAAUGAGUAGGCAUGUGACUUGUAGUGUGGAUAUUUAAAAUUGAUUGACAGUAUCUGAAGCAAGCUAGUUUGCAUGCAUAUGGAUUUAUUAUGAAUAAAAGGAGCCGUUUAUACGAAUGACCAAUCACGUCUCAUCACCAGAAAUCUUGUGCAUGUUCCUGUUUGAUCUGUAGCUUUCAGUGGUAUUGUUGAUUGAUUUACUGGGGAAACCUUGUGAUUUCUUACCAAAGCUCAUCUCAUAGUAUAUAUGUUUACAUUUGGCAUUUUUAGAAACUGUCAUCUUUUUGCACUACUGUGUACUGGUCAGCGCUGCACUGUCUCUCACUGUGUCUAUUGUCCUGUUCAUUUUUAGUAAUUUAUUGUACUGUCCCGUACUUUCUGCACAUGUUUGCACGUGCACUUUAUAUAGGUAUGUUAUUUAGUCUGUGUAGUCUCAUGUGGUUUUGGGUUUGUCCUAUGUUGUUUUAUGUAGCACAUGGUCCUGGAGGAAUGUUGUCUCAUUUCACUGUGUACUGUACUAACUGUAUAACAACAAUAAAAACCACUUGACUUGACUACAGUGUGUAAACCUCACUCCUGGCCUCAAGAGGCACACUAGUGACUGACGCUAGAGGUUGAAGCCUUUAGCCUCCUCAUUAGUGAGCCCGCCUCCAAUACUGGAGAUGCCGGUUCGAAUCCCGCUCAGAGUGGGUCGAGCAGGACCAGUUUCAUUGAUGCCAUGACCUGGAUAGUACUGAGGCAUAGGGGGGUGAGUGUAACAGGAGCCAGCUAGUAGUUAGCUUGGCAUUGUGUGUAAACCUCACUCCCCUGGCCUCCAGAGCUGCUUUAGCAACUGACUAUAGAGGUUGUAUCCUUUAGCCACCUCAUUAGCGCGCCUGCCUCCCAUGCCAGAGACACAUAUAUACAUACAGCCACCACCAUUGUGUCCUUGAGCAAGACACUUAACUCCAGGUUGCUCCGGGGGGAUUGUCCCUGUAAUAAGGGCUCUGUAAGUCGCUUUGGAUAAAAGUGUCUACCAAAUGCAUAAAUGUAAAUAUAAUAUUGAUGCAUCACUUAAAAAAUCACUUACAGAACCUUUACUAUUUGGGGCUAUGAGUGAUUGACUUACCGUCUCUUUAAUAGGCAGUACUGUCGUUUAAAUUGGUGUUGAUCAUCCAGCUGAAGAAACAAUCUAGAAACAUCUUUCCAAAAACAUUCAAUUUCAAGUCAAAUUUCAGCAGUUUCAAAAUCUGCAAUGAAUCAUGAUUAACUAUGAAACAUUAUGCGAUUAAUCGUGAUUGAAAAUUUUACUUGACUUACAGCACUAGUUUUUAGGCAUUUUUGAUAACAUCUGGCUGAACAGUCUAAAGUCCAGAGCUGUUAUUCUAGCUGUCAGUUUGUCCAGAUACUCAGGUGACCUUUCACCCCACACUUCCUGUAGCACUUGCCAUAGAUGUGUCUGUCUUGUCGGGCACUUCUCACGCACCUUACAGUCUAUCUGAUACCACAAAAGCUCAAUGGGGUUCAGAUCCAUAACACUCUUUUCCAAUUAUCUGUUGUCCAAUGUCUGUGUUUCUUUGCCCACUCGAACCUUUUCUUUUUGUUUUUCUGUUUCAAAAGUGUCUUUCUUUGCAAUUCUCCCCAUAAGUCCUCCUGAGUCUUCUCUUUACUGUUGUACAUGAAACUGGUGUUGAGCGUGUAGAAUUCAAUGAAGCUGUCAGCGGAGGACAUGUGAGGCGUCUAUUUCUCAAACUAGAGACUCUGAUGUACUUAUCCUCUUGUUUAGUUGCACAUCUGGUCUUCCACAUCUCUUUCUGUCCUUGUUAGAGACAGUUGUGCUUUAUCUUUGAAGACUGUAGUUACACCUUUGUGUGAAAUCUGCAGUUUUUUGGCGAUUUCAAGCAUUGUGUCGCCUUCAUUCCUCAAAACAAUGAUUGACUGAUGAGUUUCUAGAGAAGUUUCUUUAUUGGCAUUUCUGACCUAAUAUUGAUCUUAAGACAUGCCAGUCUAUUACAUACUGUCUCAACUCAAAAACAAACACAAAGACAACGUUAAGCUUCAUUUUAUUAACCAAAUAUCUUUCAGCUGUGUUUGAUAUAAUGCAAGUGAUUUUCUAGCACCAAAUGAUCAAUUUAGCAUGAUUACUCAAGGAUAAGGUGUUGGAGUGAUGCUGCUGUCUAGAUAUGUUAAAAAAACAAAAUGUCAAAUGUGCUGUUUUUUUACAUCAGUAAUGUCCUGACUAUAUUUUGUGAUCAGUUGAAUGCCACUUUGGUGAAUUAAAGUACUAAUUUCCUUUCAAAACUGCAAAAUCUGAACAUU